CAGGCGAUUGUUUUGAUUUGCUUUUUGAGGUUAUGUUCUUGUGUACAUACCUACCUGUUUAGAAAUUUCAUCUAUGGGAAUUUCAUUAUAUUGGUUGAUGUCAAGGUAUCUGCUUUCUUAUAGUCAUCAAAUACAUAUAGACAAUCAUGUUGUGUCCAGAAGUAUUGAAUUUUCCAUCCCCAAAGGUGUUAACGAAUCACAGAAAAAGCGAGAAUCUUGAACCCAUUACAGAUGUGAUCAAAAUGAACAAUUUCUACAAAAGUAUAAUAAUUACUUGUCCAGAUGAAUUGAAGACCCCAAAUGCAAUCGAGGAACUAUUGUUGGAAGACUCAGACUAUUACAAAAUAUCAAAUUGUUCGCUUACAGAGUUUUUAGAACCUGUUUUCAUAAACAGUUUUGUACAAAAUGGUGAUAUUUACUGCUUAUCAGCUAAUAGAAACUGUAUGAUUCAGAACUGUGCGGCUAUCACUCCCAACGGUAUAUUGACUAUCCAUAUUGUAGAAUAUAUAUAUCAAACACUGGGAUUGGAAGGAACAAAAAGACCGCAUAAUUUCUACGAAGUCAACAUAGACUUGAAAAACUUGAGGCAUCCAGAAAAAAUACGGAAUGCAUUGAGUAAGUUAGAGCAAUUCAAUUUCUACAUAAUCUGGGAGCCCAAUAAUGAAGAUAUUUGUCCAUCGUCAAUAGCAAAAUAUUUCAAUGAUAAGAAUAUUUCAGUGGCACUUUGUACUCAACAAGUGCAGCAAGUAACACCUGUAAUAAGUGAAAUCCCUUCAGUACAUGAUGUGGAUAUAGAAGAUAUGGUGGAAUGGAUUGGGUUGUUAGCGCACAAUGCUGAUUUCUCAGAUACUGAGAACUAUAUUAGUACAUAUUCAUUGCCAGUGAGUGAGAAGUCUAUUAAAUCUACUCGAAUUUCUGUUCUGAUUGUAAAAGGGCUUUUUACUCCAGCUACUUUAGUGAAAGUGUGUAAAAGCCUAUCAGAAUAUGUUUCAUCAAGAGAUUUAGACCACUACUGGGCAUCCAUUAGUAUUCAGAGCUGUGAAGAUAGUCUAUGGAAGUGGAACGUAGGCAGCCCAAUGAUGUUCCAAUCUCAUGAUUCGUCAUGUAAUGUUUUCUUUACUGAAUCAGAGAAUAUAUUGUAUUCAAUUGGUCAAUUAAAAUAUUCAUGAGAA